AUGGAGGUCUUGUACCUAUACCUUCCAGUGGUCUUGUUAGCUUUUUAUGUCAUCACCCAACAUUUCCUCCGCAAGCUCCGAAAUCUUCCUCCAAGACCUUUUCCAACCCUGCCAUUGAUUGGCCAUCUCUACCUAUUGAAGAAACCCUUCCACCAAGCACUGGCCAAAGUUUCUUACCGACAUGGGCCAGUAGUUUUCCUCUGGUUUGGCUCCCACCCUGUACUCCUCGUUGCCUCCCCAUCAACGGCUGAAGAGUGCUUCACCAAGAAUGACAUUGCCUUUGCCAACCGCCCCACUCUUAUUAGUGGAAAAUACUUCGGUUACAACUACACUAGCCUUGCUUGGUCCCCCUAUGGUGACCACUGGCGCAACCUCCGCCGAAUCUCUUCCCUUGAAGUCUUAUCCUCCCACCGCCUACAAAUGCUUUCUCACAUCCGCCUUGAGGAGGUCAGGACAUUGAUUGGCAGACUCUUUCAAGUCUCCACCGAGACUCCGGAGAGGGCUGUGGGCAUGAAAUUGGCUUUAUUUGAACUCACGUUCAACAUCAUGACGAGGAUGAUUUUCGGUAAAAUAUACUAUGGUGAGAAUGUAGAGAACUCAGAAGAAGCUAAGAGGUUUCAAGAUCUAAUUAUGGCGACGUCAAGGUCGAUAUCAGAGUCACAAGUAUUAGAUUUCUUGCCAUUUAUGCGCUGGUUUGGGUUUGGAGGAACUGAAGAAAAGUUGAGGGUGAUUCAUGAGAAUAGAGAUUAG